AUGGAGAUGCUCCCAGUCACCUAUUCUAUCCCAUCCUGGCAUGAGAAGAGCCAGCUAUCCUCAGGAGAUGAUUUCAACGUUGCGAUCAUAGGUGCUGGAAAUGUCAACUUUGGCUCUGAUGAAGGCCCAUGGAAUCAUAGCUAUCGUCUCGAGCAAAAACUUGGUCCUCGUUUGAAGGUAGUCGCUUUGAUCGACCCAGUGCUUGAGCGAUCCGCCGACGUCCUGGCCAAGAAGCGCGCCUCAUUUGUCAAAUCUGCAUACGAGAGUACGCAAACCUACAAAUCAGUCGCAGAAUUUGCAGCCGCCGCAAUGACUACCGAGCAGAAACCGAGAAUGAUCCUUAUAGGCUGUCCUCCUGCAUUUAGAGGCUCUGAUCAAGUCGGAAGAGAUAUCGAAUUACAACUCCUGAAACUGUUCCCUGGAAUUGCACUCUUCGUCGAGAAACCUGUAGCUGCUGGAGAAGUAGCCCGUGCUUUCACGGUAGCAAAUGCGAUUAAGCAGUCUCAAGUCAUCUGUUCAGUCGGAUACAUGCUCCGGUAUCUCAAAGCUGUGCAAAUGAUGAAGAACAUUAUCAAAGAUAACAACCUAACCGUCAUGUGUACGAUUGCGCGGUACGCAUGCGCUUACGAGUCAAUUGCAAAGUCCCAUUGGUGGAACAAACCACUAAGCGGUGGUCCUAUCGUUGAGCAAGGCACGCAUUUCUGCGACCUGUCCCGCUACUUUGGUGGCGACGUCGAGAUUGCCAGCGUACAAGCGCAUUCUGUCGAAUGGGAUGAAGAUCCUGGUAGGCUCUCCAAGAUUCGCAUCGACGAAAGUACCAUCGAGCCGGAGAAUCGCAUUCCGCGAGUCACGACCGCCAACUGGAAAUAUAAGAGCGGUGCCGUUGGAACUCUGACUCACUUGGUUGCACUUCAAGGCAAAGCCUAUUCCUGCGAGAUUGAGGUUUACUGCGACGGCUAUCUCCUGAAGCUCAUUGAUCCAUACAAUGCGCCUAUUCUUCACGUCCGUCGCCCAGGCUCCGAUCUGGAUGAGGUAUACACAUUUGAGCAAGACGAUCCGUUCCUCUCCGAGGUGUCGACAAUCAUCGAUGUGAUCGAACAGGGGUCCUUGGCAUCUGAAAUCCUAAGCAGCUUUGAAGAUGCCUGUAGGACAUAUGAGCUCACGUGGGCUAUCCGACUGGCAAGCGAACGGAGCCGGGCUUACAAUAAAUAA